UUCUGACCCCUCAAUUUUUUGCCCUAGACUCUCUCUCCUCAGCCGCAGCCACCCGAAUUCCCCGAUUUAUCCCUUGGAUCCACAUCAAUCUCCCCCGUACCCGUGGCUAUUACGUCAUUUCAGCCCACCCAGCACAAUCAUUUGAACUCAGCUGAAUUUUGAUAUGAAUUGUUGAAAUUUUGGGUUUUUUUUUUUUUUUUUUUUUUGAAUUUUUAAAUUUUUGGUUUUUUUUUUUUUUUUUUUUUUUUUGUAUAUAGUUGAGAUGAAAUUAGUGAUAAUUUUUUGCUUUAAUAUGUGUACGGGGUUUGCGCGGUGGUAUUAUCUGCGGUAAAUGGAAGAAGCAGUCAAGGUGGUUCAGCCGACGGCGGUGGCAAAGCUCAUGGGAUCGGUUGAGGGUUUUGGUGGUGCCAGCGGUGUUGUGGUGGACGAAGCUGAGGGUCUGCAACCGGAUGCUGCUAGCAGUUUUGGGGUUCGAAAAGUUAGUGCCUCUUCACCAGUUCCAUGGACGAUGAUGCCUGAUUCUGAACUUCAUAGGCAGGCCAGCCCAAUUUCAAGCUUUCCCAAUGAUGACACCCUGAAAGACUGUGGGUUUAGGAACAUAACUUCUCUUUCAUUGAAGCCGAAGCCAGAGCCAGAGCCAGAGGAAGAGGAAGAAGAUAAACUUUUAUUACGAAAAUCAGGAAAAAUAGCAAGAAAUAACAGUGGGUGCACUAAGAGAUCACGGAUGGCACAGAUAGAAGUUUCGACAUGUAAAACUGGAUUAAUAGAUGUCAAUGGGAUUUCUACUGAGCUUGCAUCAUAUCCUUCAAGCCGUAAUAUUACAGGUAUUACAUCUUAAAUUACUUUUUGGACA